UCAGAAUUAACUACAUUCUGUUCGUCAUUUUUCUCUUUCCGCAUUUUCCGUUAUCGACGAACAGAAUUUGCUGCAACGUUUUUUCUAUCUUGCAGUGAGAUAACGGAAAAAAAAACACAGAGGAUUUCUGAAAUUUCUCUUGUUUCUUGAAUCACAAGUCUUCUCUUCUCUGAUUUUUAAUCUCUCUUAUUGUAUUUUGGUGUUUAGCUUUCUGAAUUUUGCUAUUGCUUUGCCUCCAAAGUCUUUUUAAUUCUCUCCUUCCUCUGCUUCUUAGUUCUUUCUCUCAUCAUCUCUCUCGUUUCUUGAACCACAAGUCUUCUUUUCUCUGCCUCCAAAGUCUUUAAUCCUCAUUGUUUCUAGGUUUUAAAAGAUCUUCUUCCUAUUCAUUUGGGAUCAUAUAAGAUCAAAAGAUCCCUGACACAUAACAUUUGAAGAGAAUUGCAUUAAUUUUCUUAGAGGAGGAGCAAAAUCUGAUCGUCCUCCUCUGUGUCUUUAGCUAAUAAACCUGAGAUUCCUGAGUUUUAUGCUUAGGAAUCAUUCAGGAUAAGAUUUGUUCUUGAUGCGAAAAAAAUCGUGAAACGGUCUUUGAGUAUUAUGGGCUGCAUUUGCUCAAAAGGAACUGCAGAAGAAGAAGUUAGUGACCAACAUGAGAAACCAAAAGAGAAUUGGAACAAAACGUCCUCAGUUCAAUUGAUUGCUCCUGUAACUUCCAAGAAAGAUGAGUUUUCACAUAAAUCCGUUGAUGGAAGCUCUGGUGGACGUAAAGCUGAUGGUUUAGCACAUAAACCAUCCGCUAGAGCUAGUGGAUUGAUUGUUCCUGUAGAUGAUAGUGACGGUAAAACAGUAAUUGUAGAGAGACCUACAAGGUGUCACAGGAGAUGGCCAACUGCAGAUAUUGGAACAGGAGGAGGAGGAUUCAAUAUUUUUCCACCGAGUAAUAUUCCCACAAGUGUUCCACAUAGCCCUGAGGCCGAGCUUAUUGCAGCUGGAUGGCCUUCUUGGUUAACUUCUGUUGCAGGUGAAGCCAUCAAAGGUUGGGUUCCACGACGAGCAGAGUCUUUUGAGAAGCUGGACAAAAUUGGACAAGGGACUUACAGUAGCGUGUACAGAGCCCGGGAUCUUGAGACCGGUAAAAUGGUAGCAAUGAAGAAGGUCAGGUUCGUUAAUAUGGAUCCGGAAAGCGUGAGAUUCAUGGCUAGAGAAAUCAACAUCUUGCGGAAACUAGACCAUCCAAACGUUAUGAAGCUUGAAUGUCUUGUGACCUCUAAACUCUCUGGUAGCUUGUACCUUGUGUUUGAGUACAUGGAGCAUGAUCUUUCCGGUCUCGCUCUUAGACCCGGUGUAAAAUUUACUGAAUCUCAGAUCAAAUGUUACAUGAAACAAUUGCUUAGCGGGCUUGAGCACUGCCACAGCCGUGGAAUCCUCCACCGCGACAUUAAGGGUCCAAAUCUCUUGGUAAACAAUGAUGGAGUCCUCAAGAUUGGAGAUUUUGGUCUGGCGAAUAUCUAUCAUCCAGAACAAGAUCAACCUUUGACGAGCCGUGUAGUAACCUUGUGGUACAGAGCCCCUGAGCUUCUACUGGGAGCUACAGAAUAUGGUCCAGGGAUAGAUUUGUGGAGUGUUGGUUGCAUUCUCACAGAACUGUUUUUAGGGAAACCAAUCAUGCCGGGAAGAACAGAGGUGGAGCAAAUGCAUAAGAUCUUCAAGUUUUGUGGUUCACCAAGUGAUGAUUACUGGCAAAAGACAAAGCUACCACUUGCAACAAGUUUCAAGCCGCAACAACCUUAUAAACGUGUCCUUCUAGAGACUUUCAAGAACUUACCACCUUCUGCUCUAGCUCUUGUUGACAAACUUCUAUCCUUAGAACCAGCGAAGCGUGGCACGGCUUCUUCGACACUAAGUAGCAAGUUCUUCACUAUGGAACCACUCCCUUGUAAUGUAUCAAGUUUGCCAAAGUAUCCUCCAAGCAAGGAACUUGAUGCAAAGGUCCGUGAUGAAGAAGCAAGAAGGAAAAAGUCUGAAACGGUGAAGGGUCGUGGACCUGAAUCUGUGAGACGAGGUUCGAGAGACUUCAAGAGUACUGCUACAACACCAGAGUUCGUUGCUUCAGGGCAGUCAAAAGACACAAUCACCACCAAGAGAUUCAAUCCUCAGGAAGACAGUAGAACAGGCUUGAGAGGCGACAGAGAUCAGAAAGGCUUUUCUCAUACCAAUUCAAUGAUUCAUCCAAGCAUAACAGCAACAUGGAGUAAAAAUGAGAGCUGUAGGAACAAUGUAGUUGAGCUAAAGGCUACUCGAUCAAGCAAUGUGCCCAUGACUGGGAGAUACUUGUCUCCUUCACAUAAAGAAGAUGUAGCCGUACAAACCACAACGACAUACGUACGCAAGAAGAACAGAAUGCAUUGUUCGGGACCAUUGAUGCCUCCUGGUGGAAACAUUGAGGACAUAUUGAAAGACCAUGAGAGACAAAUCCAAGAAGCUGUAAGGAAAUCACGGCUUGAGAAAUCUGCUACAAGGAAAAAUAACAAAACAUGUGUAAAGUGAAAGAAGACAUGGAUGAAACCUUGCUAACAUCGAAACAAGAAAAAAGAUUACCUGAACUGGAAGAACGAAGAUCGAAGAUGGUAUCAUCGGCUCUGCUAUUCGAUUCUGCGGUGAAAUAGACAUUAGUCUUACACAAUGUUAAGCAAGCCAAAGCCACAGUUAUGUUCGUGGUAGUAAGAUCUGUUAGUACUAUGUGGUUCUUGUACAUGGAAAUUUCAGUUUUCUCUGUCUGACCAGCAUUACAUGUGGUUUGAGGAAGGAAACAAGUGUGCAUAUUUAGCAAUCGUGUUUAGUUGUGCAACUUAAUAUGUAGCUAGAAGAUUCUACAGUCAUUAACCUCUAUACAAACAAGCCAACUAAAUAAGCUAA